UUGCGUACGGUCUGUUUAUAAACAAACGGUUCAGGGUAGAGAGUGUGUCCGGCACACCAGGAAUCAGCAGCAGCAGCAGCAGCAGCAGGGAAGCACACCAGUUCGGAGCUUUGGAGCUUGAGUUUGCGCGCCCAGUGAAGACCGCGAGACGCGUGACAGUGUGUGUGAUCCACUCCCGGCGACACACGUCCGCAGACGCAGACUCAACGGCCACCUGGACAGGGAAGAGCACCCAGCAGCAGCACGAGGAUCAACACGCAACCUCACGCAGGCGCGCACUCCGUAAAACAAUCAACCAAAAAUGAAGUCUCUGCUACUACUGUCGAUGGUAGUGACGAUCUCCGUUGCCCAGAGAGACUACACGACGCCGGUGCCGAUCCUGAAGCAGAUCAACCGACACAACGAGGACGGUAGCUACAGCUACGGCUACGAGGCGGCGGAUGGCACGUUCAAGAUCGAAACCAAAUACCCGAACGGCGAGGUGCAGGGCAAGUACGGCUACGUCGACGAUGGUGGCAAGCUGCGCGAAAUCGAGUACGGUGCGAGCAACCGUGGGUUCGAGCCGCAGGGUACGGACAUUAAUGUACCACCGCCGACGCUCGGCAACAGCCACUACCCACCGCUCGGUCCGAACGAGGAGGACGACGGCCAGUACCGGGAGGACCCGAGCGUCUACUACAAGGACUCGCGCUACAACUCGAAGCCGGCCCCGUACAACCCGCGCCCGGCGCCGGUCGCCUACAAUUCCGCCCCGCAGCAGUACUUCCGCAACAACGCCCAGCCAGCCCCGCAGCAGCCCGCGGAGCAGCAGCCCGCCUACCAGCAGCCCGCCCACCAGCACCGCUUCCAGGCGCCUCAGCCCAACUACAACUACAACCAGCCGACGCAGCAACGGGCAGACUAUUGGCACCCGAAUGCCAAGGUCGACAUCAACACCGGUUCGUACUCGCUCAGCUACACCGGAAGAUAGAUGGCGGCCGGAAGAUCCUGUGGCCGCACGCCCAUGUCCUAAGUCAAUUCUAUGUAGCGUAACCUAAGUACACGCCAGGACAGGAACCCAAACCCUUCAACCCGCCCGCCUACUCCCUGAGAGCCUGUUCCAGCAUGCCCCGUACUGAUGGCCAUAUACUUGGUGCGGAUAUCUCAUCUUUAGGUAUCUCUGUCUCUGUAAUGCUCCCUACGCCACGCCAAAGCCGAUUCAAUAAAGUACCGUAUGGAGAGAGC